GUCCCGACCGUCGCGGAUAAACAGCAUGUAACAAACAUCCAUGCUGUAACCGCGUCUGUUUCUGUUACCUGCGUGUUUUUAUCCCGGUCUUUUUACCCGUCCAGCCCCGGCUACAGCCCCGGAACCAGCCCCGGAACCAGCCCCGGUUCCAGCCCCGGUUCCAGCCCCGGAACCAGCCCCGGAACCAGCCCCGGAACCAGCCCCGGUUCCAGUCCCGGAACCAGCCCCAGCUCCAGGCCCAGCUCCAGCCCCGGCCUCACCUACACCACCGCCCGCACCAGGAGAUGGGAGUCCCGGCGUUUUUCCGCUGGCUGAGCCGGAAGUACGCUUCUAUCAUCGUGCACUGCGUGGAGGAGAAGGGGAAGGAAUGUAACGGCGUCCGUAUUCCCGUGGACACCACCAAGCCCAACCCCAACGAGGUGGAGUUUGACAACCUUUACCUGGACAUGAACGGCAUCAUCCACCCCUGCACUCACCCGGAGGACAAACCGGCCCCCAAGAACGAGGAUGAGAUGAUGGUGGCCAUCUUUGAAUACAUCGACCGUCUCUUCAACAUCGUUCGUCCCAGGAGAGUUCUGUACAUGGCCAUUGACGGGGUGGCUCCGCGGGCCAAGAUGAACCAGCAGCGUUCCAGAAGGUUCCGAGCCUCCAAGGAGGGAGUGGAGCUGGUGGAGGAGAAGACCCGGAUACGGGAGGAGAUCCUGCAGAAAGGAGGAUAUCUGCCCCCCGAGGAGAUCAAGGAGAGGUUUGACAGCAACUGUAUCACCCCGGGGACGGAGUUCAUGGACAACCUGGCCCAGUGUCUCCGUUACUACGUAGCAGAGAGGCUGAGCAACGACCCGGGCUGGAGGAACGUGGUGGUUUACCUGUCUGACGCCAGCGUCCCCGGAGAAGGAGAACACAAGAUCAUGGACUUCAUCAGGAGACAGAGAGCCCAGCCGCACCACGACCCCAACACCCACCACUGCCUGUGUGGAGCCGACGCUGAUCUGAUCAUGCUGGGACUCGCCACCCAUGAGCCGAACUUCACCAUCAUCAGGGAGGAGUUCAAGCCCAACAAGCCCCGGCCCUGCGCGCUCUGUAGCCAGAUGGGCCACGACAUCAAGGAGUGCCAGGGCGUGGCCCGGGAGAAGCAGGGACAGCACGAUGAGUUUGCAGACUCCAUGCCGGCGUCUGAGCAGGAGUUCAUCUUCAUCAGGCUGUGUGUGCUGAGAGAGUACUUGGCCCAGGAACUCACCAUGGCCAGUCUUCCCUUCACCUUUGACUUUGAGCGAAGCAUCGACGACUGGGUCUUCAUGUGCUUCUUCGUGGGAAACGACUUCCUGCCUCACCUGCCGUCCCUGGAGAUCAGGGAGGGAGCCAUCGACCGGCUGGUCGGCAUCUACAAGGACGUGGUUCACAAGACGGGGGGCUACGUGACGGAGCACGGCUACGUGAACCUGGAGAGGGUGGAGAUGAUCAUGCAGGCCGUCGGCGUAGCGGAGGAUAAUAUCUUCAAGAAGCGCAAGGAGGACGACGAGGGCUUCCGGAGGAGGAACAAGGAGAAACGGAAGAGGAUGAAGACGGAGCACCAGAGACCCUCCUUCUUGCCCUCGGGCCAGUUCGCCCCCCAGGCCCUGGGGAGGAGAGACGGACCAGAACCGGUCCAGAACCCCCGGAACCAGGCCUUCAGCAUGAGGAUGCAGGCGGAGCAGACCAACAAGGAUGCUGCUCAGUCCCUGAAGGCCACGCUGAGGAACGGAGGCAACUCGUCUGCAGGAAACAGCUCGGAGAACAGAGGAGUCCGGAGGAAAGCUGAGGACAGCGACAGCGAUCCAGAACCAGAGGACAACGUCAGGUUGUGGGAGGAGGGCUGGAAACAGAGAUACUACAAGAACAAGUUUGAUGUUCACGUGACUGACGAGGAUUUCAGGAGGAAGGUGGUCCGGUCCUACGUGGAGGGGCUGUGCUGGGUGCUGAGAUACUACUACCAGGGCUGUGCGUCCUGGAAGUGGUACUUCCCGUUCCACUACGCUCCGUUCGCCUCCGACUUCAAGGACAUCAAGGGAAUGUUCUCCGACUUCGAGAAGGACACCAAGCCGUUUAAACCUCUGGAGCAGCUCAUGGGAGUGUUUCCUGCCGCCAGCGGGAACUUCCUUCCUGUUUCCUGGAGGCAGCUGAUGAUGAGCGCGGACUCCUCCAUCAUCGACUUCUACCCCGACGACUUCGCCAUCGACCUGAACGGGAAGAAAUACGCCUGGCAGGGCGUGGCCUUGCUGCCCUUCGUGGACGAGCGGCGGCUCCGGACGGCGCUGGCCGAGGUUUACCCCGACCUCAGCUCCGAGGAAGCCCGCAGGAACAGUCUGGGAAGUGACGUCUUGUUCGUUGGGAGGAAUCACCAGCUGUUCUCCUUCAUCCAGGAGCUUUACAGAGACGAGAGCAGUGAGGCCACCCAGAUGCCAGCAGAACUUUGCCACGGGAUCCAGGGGAUGUUGACUCUGGACCAGGACCCGGUUCUGCCAGACCAACCCGUGACGUCCCCCAUCCCCACGCUGAGAGACAUCUCCCACAACAGCGCCAUCUGCGUGAACUUCAAGGACCCCCAGUUCGCCGACGGCUUCGUGUUCAAGGCCGUGCUGCUUCCCGGAGCCAAGAUCCCCACCAAGGUCCUGAAGCCUGGGGACUGGGAGAGGGGUAACCGGGGCGGCCGGGGGGGCCGCGGGUCCUGGAGACCCCAGCUGGGCUUCAACCCCAACAGACAGCAGGUCCACCUGGACCAGUCCGCCUUCAGGGCCCUCAGCCACAGCGUGAGGGGAUCCCAGCAGGGCCAGUACAGCAGCGCCCCCCCACCCAGCAGCUACAACCAGGGGGGGUACCGGGCCCACGGCAGCAGCCAGAACUUCCAGCAUUCCAGACAGACCUCCCUGAUGGGGGCGCCCCCGUCCUUCCACCAGCCGCAGUUCCAACGGCCCCAGCAGCAGCAGCAGCAGCAGCAGCAGCAGCAGCAGUUCCAGUCCGGGGGCCACGGCUGGGACCGGGCCCUGCAGCAGCAGAGAGGUUCCUACCAGCAGAACCGGGACCGCGGGGGGGCCGACGCCAGUUCUUACCAGCAGCACUACGAGCAGCGCCGAGACGACUGGGCCCCCCGCCGGGACGAGCGCCGGGACGACCGCGGGUCACGGCAUCAGGGCUUCACGUCGGGCCGCGGCUACCCGGCGCCCCCGCCCUCCCGGAGGUACAACUGGCAGUGAGGCCCGCGGCUAGGCUAACCCUCCCCUUCCCCGCCGGGCCGGCUAGCCUAGCCACGGCUAGCCCCUCCCCCCCUCCCCCUCCAGGAGGUACAACUAGCAAUGAGCCCACGGCUAGCGCCCCCUCCUCCAGGCCACGGCUAGCUGGGCCGCGGCUAGGCUAACCCCCCCUCCUCGCCAGACCGCGGCUAGGCUAACCCCCCUCCCUAACUGAGGCCCGCCGGACAACGGCUAGCCGGGCCGCGGCUAGGCUAACCCCCCCUCCCUAACUGAGGCCCGCCGGACCGCGGCUAGCCCCGCGGCUAGGCUAACCCCUCCAGCCGCCGGGUUUUCUGGGACUGGAACCUGUUUUUAGUGAAACUGUCAUUUUUCUUAUCUCACCGUCUUUGUUCCUGUUUUUCAUCUUUGUUUCUGAACCUGGCAUGUAUUUGUGGUUUUUACGAGACGCCUGAAGGCGUCGCGCGGCGCUAGUAGUGCUACUAGCCGCUACUAGCGGCUACUAGCGCCACUAGCGCUGCUAGCGGUGCAGGACGGAAGUCCGAGCUUCUUUUUGAGAGAAUUUUCUCCAGCUGGUCCAGUUUAGAGAAACAGAACUAAUGGAAUAAAAGACUGUUGCUACAA